UAGGUGAAUGGAUUGAGUUGGGCUUAGAACUUGAGGACUAUGAAUUUGCUGCUUAUUGUCGAUGGAAAGGUUAUCAACCUAAUUUAGGUUUAAACUUAGAACAGCUAGCACUUGAAUAUUACCUAGACAGUUCUUAUCCUCACAAAGAGAGAAUAAAGAUGACUAGGCUAGAUAUCAGCAAAGAAAACUUAACUGGAGAAUUAGAUUUGGGGGAUUUUACUAAUCUAGAACAUUUGGAUUGUAGUUAUAAUCGCCUAAAUAAUAUCAAAGGCUUAAAUCCAGAGAAGAUAAAAAUUCUGCAUUUAGAAAAUAACAACUUUUGCAGUGACUUAACUCAUUUUAGUCAUCUGUUUAAUUUAGAAGAAUUAAAAAUUAAUGAUAAUCGUUUCUCUGGCUCUUUGCGUCCUUUAGCGAAUUUGCAGAAGUUAAAACAUCUGUGCAUUAAUGAUACAGAUAUAAACGGUGGAGUAGAGUAUCUGCCAGACAGUUUGUUGAAUAGCAGAGGAGGUAUUGUUGCUUAUUGUUUUCCCAAAAAGAAA